CUGGAGUUGCUGCGCCUGUGUGAAAAUACUUGUGCUGAUGAGUGCCUGCUCGGAUGACAUAAAUCACUGGUGGCAUGUACGUUUUCAUCCCUCCCUCCGUCAUGCAACUGCUCAGCCAUAAUGUGAACUGUUAGUCUGGGGAGGAAGAUAAAGACAUUUGCCACCAAGAUGGUAAUCACGGGUGGAAAUGAUGAAGAUAGAGGAGGCCAGGAAAAGGAGAGUAAAGAAGAGAGUGUCUUGGCGAUGCUGGGGAUUAUUGGGACCAUUCUGAACCUGAUCGUCAUCAUAUUUGUAUACAUCUACACCACUCUGUGAAUGGCCCAGCGGGUCCUCAGGCCUCAGGAUGGCCAAAAGACAGGAGGAGUCCUGUGUGUUGGCAGAUCAGUGAUCGGACACUGCGCCAACAACCAGCCUUGACCGACACACACCGCUCGAUCAGAUGCACCUUCGAACUUGAUAAAGGGUCACCAAAAUCAACCAACCCUGCUGCGAGGAGCAGACACUAAAGCACAAUGAAUCCACCAAAACUCAUUCACACAGCAAGGAACUCAACGUUGUUGGCAGGGGACCCGAAAGGAUGCUUGGAAGACUGCCCUUUGACACCAUCAGGGAGUGGAUGGGUGCAGAGAUGGGUUAUCCCAGGUCGCUGACGGAUGUCACGUGUUCAAAAAGAGGAACGGGUGGACACAGCUCACAGCAGACACAGCUCUUGGCCUCUCUCCCAGGACAUGUGUUUCCUCCUAACUCGAUGAACUGUUUGGUACCAAAAAACCACAGGGACAAUCCUUAACAAGCAUCCCAUUCAUCAAAAGUGUCUAACUAUUUGAUACUGGGGAGAUAACUUAUUUUUUCUUUUUUUCAUUGGCUUGAUGUGUGUAUCUGUUCAUAUCAAGGUUUAUAAAUAUAUAUUUUUAAUAAAUGUGCUCUAUUUUUUAGCAUGAACCAAAUAUUUGGAGAGGCACUCCUGGAUCCAUACAGCUUUCCUUGGUUUUACCUGCUGUAUCUACCUUAGACUGCACUUGUUAUGUUGUGUAAUCGCUCUAGUCCUCAUUCUCUCAUUUGGAAUCGUUUCCCUUCUCUCUCCCUCUCGUGCUUUUCGGUCUGGAGGACAUUUUCCCGUAAGACCAGCUGUGAUCUUGGUUGGUGCAUGUUUUAAGAUUGUCCAUUGAGCGACUUUUUGUUGUUAUACUGGAGAUGUAAAACGGUCGUGGGCAUGUGGACUUUGGAUGUACCGUAUCCUUACUGAGAAUUAUGCAUGAACAGGGCUGAGUGAUAUAGAUCAGCUUUAAAAAAAUUUUUUUACAAGGAAUACCAUGGAGGAAGGGCGUGGCUACAUCUGUGGAUCAACUAUAGGAUGGAGUAUUCAGCUUCUCAUUGGCAGCAUUAUUUCAUUCUUGUGACCAUUUGUCGAUGAGAUUUGAUUUUAAUGGCCACAUGCCAUGAAAGAUAGGUGGGAAGGACAAGGGGGGCAAAGUUCAGUGUUAGGAGCGUAAUUCCCUUCGUGAGCCUCCUGGGAGCCUUUGCAAAGUAGGUAGGGGUGUAAAUGACACUUGGACUCCCCCCACCAUAAGAGCUCACCUGGCUGUUUCAGGCUGGGAGGACACCCCUGCAACAGGUGACUUUUCAGGAGCACUAGAAGGGUAUGCAACGUUCACCCCAAAAGAUUGCUACAUUUCUUCAGGCUCCUGGUCUACACCCACAUGAAGCAACUUCCUCCCUGGCAGGGACAGUUGAAUCAGAAUGAAUGUGCCCUGUUCUCCUGCCUCCCUGAGAUGGGGCCUUUCACUGGCUGCAGCGGCAUGGCCUUAUAAAGAAGGUUAGCAUUCCUUCUGCCAGCGCCAGCCUUGCCUGUGGGCAAAAGAAGCAGCAGGCUACCUAGGUGGAGUCGAAUGAUGUCCAGGAGAUCACGGCCAGGUCUCUCUCCCUCCUGAUGUCAUGGUGUCUGAAAUUUCACCCUUAGAGAGUCACUUCUUGGACUGUGUUAGGGACCAGGCACUUUUUAAAGCAGAUGCCCUUAGCACCUGGCCCUCAUCAGGAGUCUUCUCUUCCCCACCAGAAGGAACAGAAGUUGAUGUGUGUUCAGGACAUACUGUGUGCUAGGCAUUGUGCCAGACUCUGUAUUCCUUCAGUUAUUGAAUGCUCACAGGAAAUGAACUAGAGAGUCUCUGUCCUACAUCAUAGAGAAAGAAAGGGGAACUCAGAUGGGGGAGACUUCCCCGAGGUCAGGUAGCUGGUAGUGGUGAGUCAGAACGCAAAUUCCCAGAGCUGUCUGAUUCCCUAGCCCAGUGAGGGGCAUCAAAUGCUGGAAAAGAGGGAAUGGAGAGACAGGCACUGGCCGGGAAAGGGCCCUCGGGGCCGGAUGCUCACCGAUGGUUUGCUGAGGGCCAGCUCUGCUCCCCGCCCUCCUUCCCUCCCAAGAAUAAAUAACCCUUGGGAACUCCUUGCACCCUGGCAGAACGUUGUACAUGUAAGGACUUGAGGAGGGCCAAGAGGAGGCUGCUUAGACAUAUCAUGGACUGUUGGGGGA